UUUGAAAAGUAGGUGACUUUAUAUCGAAUUUGUACGAUCUGCAGUUUACACACUUCUCAUUUUCAACGCCCGAGGCUACAUCUCGCAGUUACACAUUUAGCCUGUUCGAUAAAAUUGCACUGUCCGUGAACUCUGGAGGUCUUCCUUAUGACCCACACUCAACCGCUAGUAACGCGCGUACCGCACAAGGAGUGCAGAGACCCCAGCCUGAAAAGUUCAAAGAUCUUAAAAUACCAAUGUUAUCUCUCUAAUGAGCUCCCUCAAAACAAGCUAAAGAAUGCAGCCUCGCUCUCAUUCUGUACGACAUGCGAGCUCAUACAAAAGCACGCCCAUUCGAAAGUGCCCCGAAGAGCGCGCUGGAGUCAGCAGUCUUCCCAUAAGAAGGUUCGCGGGUCGCUGAGAGGUCGUAGUGAAAGGCGCGCGGGUCUCCACCUCACUCGAAGCACACGUGGGUGCUCGCCCCACUGGCCGCUGCGAUGGCGUCGCCCGUCUUCUACCACAUGCCCCAGAGCCCGUGCUCGCGCGGGGCGCUGCUGACCGCGCGCCUGCUCGGGGUGGAGGUGGAAGUGAGGAACGUGAAUCUCUUCGCCGGGGAGCAGCUCAAGCCCGAAUUCGUCAAAGUGAACCCUCUGCACACCGUACCCACCCUCGACGAUGACGGCUUCGUCGUGGUUGACAGCCAUGCUAUUGCUACUUACCUAGCCGACAAGUAUGGCAAUGAUGACAAAUUUUACCCAAAAGAUGUGAACAAAAGAUCUCUGGUGGACCAACGUCUUUACUUUGAUGCAGGUGUCUUAUACAAACGUCUCAGAGAUAUUUGUUUCCCGGUUUUCUUUCAAAAUGUCGACACUAUUCCAGAAGAGAAAAAGAAAUCUGUCCAUGAAGCUCUAGGAUGGUUGGAAGAAUAUUUGAAACCUACCGGAUGGGUGGCUGGUGAUAACAUUACCAUUGCCGACGCUCUAUGUGUCUCUUCAGUGACAACAUAUAUUGCAGAAGGUAUUGAUCUGAAAAACUAUCCACAAGUGACGUCGUGGCUGGCGAACUGCCAGAAGAAUAUCCCAGACUUCGAUGCAGUAGACCGUGUUGGAGCAGAUGAAUUCCAUGCAGCAUUCAAAAGCAAAUUGAAAUCUGGAGAGAUUUGAUCAUCUGUUGGCAAAUGUUCACAAACCAUUGUGACAAAAAAAAGUUUCAUAUCACUUUGCACCUUUCGCACAAACUUGUAUUGAUAUUCUCAAAUAACGCUUUUGCUGUAUUUGAAUUCCCAAUUCAAUUACCAUUAUAUAAGAAAUAAUGUACUGUUAAUGGUUUGAAUAAAAUAAGGUAUCUUAAAAUUAUUAUUAAAAAGUUAAGAAUCAUGGACGUCCUUAGAAAUCUAAUAAUAUUUAUUAUAUUGUCAACUUUCAGAGUAGACAAUGAAAACU